CUUAAACAUCUUAACCGAUUUAUUUCAAUCGAAGAUUUUAUUACCCCUUUGAAGUACUGGGAUAAGUCAGGACAGCGACCUCAGGUGGAGCUUCCAUUUGAGGAGAAUGAGCAGAGAGCUCUGCUGCUAAAUAAUUGGGCACUGUACAAGCAGCAGGAGCAUGAGACGGAGAGGGACGCCGUCAGGGCCAUGCUGGAGGCCCAGCAGAAAGCUCUGCGGGAGCUGAGACUCGAGUCCCCAGAGCUCUAUGCUGAGGCCAUCAAGCGGGACCUCAGAUGGUUCCCCUUUGAGAAGGAAGGGCCACAUUACACACCACCAGUCUCUGACUAUCAGCCCCCCGAAGGCAGGUACAAUGACAUCACCAAGGUGUACACACAGGUAGGAUUCAAGAGAUAG